AUUGACCUCCUGGGUACGCCGGGAUCUAGGUUUCUUUUUGAGGUCAAUCCGUAUUGAGAGUUAUGUCGGGAAGAGGUAAAGCAAGGAAAGCGGCUGGUGGCAAGAAACAUACGAAGUCUAAUAGAGCUGGCUUGGUGAUUUCCGUCAGUAGAGUUCACCGUUACAUGAAAAAAGGUCGAUAUGCUCGACGGACGUCUAUUGCUGCGUCAGUGUACAUGUCUGCUGUUAUUGAGUACUUAGUAGCUGAAGUAAACGAAUUGUCAGGGAAUGCUGCGAAAGCAAACAAAAGAAAAACAAUUACACCAAGGCAUAUCAUGUUAGGCGUUCGAAAUGAUGCUGAAUUAAAUGAAUUAUUAAAACAUGUACAUAUUAGUCAUGGUGGUGUAUUGCCAUGUAUUCAUCCAGCAUUAUUAAAAAGAAAAGGUGUACUGACCAAUUCUCCAGGUCAUGGAGGAGGCGGGGGCGGAGGCGGUGGAGGAGGAGCUACAACAACAAUAUCCGGUGCAAGUUUAUCUUCACGUCAAACUUCUGGCAUUACAUCGAAUACAAUGGUCACAUCAUAGGAAUGAAGAAAUGCAAAAUGCACAACAAGUUUUUCAAUGGACGGACUAUGGUUUCUUCCUUCCUUGUUUUUUUAUUUUUUAAAAUCCUAACAAUCAUCAUGUUGAUCUGGUUCAGGGUACAUGGUUGUUAAUUUUUCUCUCUCUCUCUUUUCAUUGUAUUUUAUCCAUCCGUUAAAAGUAUAUAUACAUAUAUAUAUAUCUAUGUAAUAGUUAUUAUUUCUAUUAUUAUUAUUAUUAUUAUUAUUAAUAUUAUUAUUGUUAUUACUAUUACUAUUAAACAAUCUAUGCAUAUUUAGGAGUGUUUUUUCUUUACCUAAGCUCUAAAAAACAACAACAAUUAGGCAAACUCCAUUUGUACCAUUAUACAAAUUAUGUGUUUUAAUUACCUUUUUAUUUCUUUCUCUCUCUGUGUGUGUACUUGUACGUGUACGUGUUGCUUUGUUUUUCUGUUUCUCUGUUUCUCUCUUCUUUUUUGAAUCAACUCACUGGGUUAGCAAUCUUUGUUUUUUUUUAAUACAACAAUUAAUAAUAAGCUAACUGUUCUUUUGUUCUGUUUUAAUCAUAUCUGUUAUAUAU